AUGACGAGUAGGAUGUCUCUAGUGGAACAAAAGAGACUACAGUGGGCAAAGGAAAGAGAAGAAAUGGCUAGACUGAGUGAACAUUGGAAUGCUUCCAAACCACCGAAUCCAAUUUAUCCAGCAAUUCGUAACAGAAUAUCAUCAAGAGAACAUCAAAAUAGCAAUCGAAAACCUCUUCGUGCAAGUGGACAUUACGGAAGCACAGCAAGCUUGAAGAGUCUUGAAACCUCAUCAACGAGUCUUCAAAGUCUAGAUUUCUCCAACACUAGUGGUAGUAUGAUCAAUAUUCAUGACCGAACGGAAGUGCCAGGAUCCAUAAGAAGAAGAAGUCCCAGCUUACCACCGAUAUACACGAAAGAACAUCGACACCACCAGGCUUAUUCGUCUCAGGAAUUACCCAACCUGGAAGUAGAAGGAUCACGAUACAUAAACCAACCCCGACUACAAAAACAUCAAAAUAGGGAGUUGGACAGAACUAUACUGACUAACAGCUACGAAGAACGCGAAGGAGAAACUUCUGGAUACGGAAGUGAUUCUAUAGAACCAGUAAUUCAAACUGCCGAUGUGAAAAGGUUACUACCACUGGAAAAAGCUCAUGGAGACAGUGAAAUGGCUCAAAGAACUUGGCGAAAUCCUUAUUGUGAAUCUCCAGAUGCCUCUUCACUGCCUUCCUCAAGAAAAUUCUCUGGUACUCGCUUGGGGGAAUUGAAUAGACCACGAUGGGGUAGUAUUUGGGGUCAGGAAAAUGCUACGAGUGAUCUACCUCCACCACCUUCGUGGUUGGAACGAGGGUUAUCACGUUUAGAUCAUUCUAGUCAGGUUCUUGUAAUCAAUCAUGACAGCGCAAGUAGUCCUGACAGUUCAACAACUGGGUCAACUGGAUCAGAUUCAAAGACUUACUUACGUGGUCAGAACAUACCAGUAGACGCUGAAAUUCUCCAAGAACGUGAAGCUAGACGUCAGAAAGCCUUGGAACUCCAGAGCGCAAUAAAACAGCAGCUGGAGGAGAAGGAUAGGCAACGAAAGGAGGAAAGAGAAAGAAAACUACGUGAAGAACUGGAAGAAGAAGAAAGGAUCAAACGUGAGAGGGAUAAGGAAAAAGAGAGGUUUGAGGAAGAGCAGAGAAAGUUGAAGGAAAAAGAAAAUGCAAAGUUAAAGAAAGAAGAAGCAAUGAAAGAGAUCCUUGAGAAUGCAGAACGACUUGCGAAAGAAAAAAAAAGGCAAAAACGUCAACGUGAUGAUUCUUCUCCAACGACUAAAAGCUCACAAAGUGAAAUGAAACCAGAAGAAAAACAUAAUGGUGCCGAAGUAAAGACUGAAAAUGAAAUAUCAUCUAAAAAAUUGGUUGAAAGUGAUGAAAAAGCUGCUAACUGUGAUGAUAAAAGUAAUGAAGAAUCCAAAAAUGAUGAUACUAAGGAAAGCUUGAUGAGAUUAAAUAGAGAAGUUGCUAUAGUAUUAACUGGUAGACUUGAGGAUUCAAAUUGCUUACAAGGAACAAAUGUUCAGCUGUUGAAUUUAAUCGUUAAUCCCAAUUUACAUCAGGAGAAUAAUUCGAGCGGUGUUAAUAUCAAUUUUAAUGCAUUAAUAAAGAGUCUAACGACAUCAGGGGUGUUGAGGAAUACAUCUGGAACAUCUAUCUCACCUAGACUAGUGGAAAAUCGAUUAUUAACACCUAGUAAAUACAGGAUUCCAUCUGGAAGGGAUUUCGGUACGCAAACAGACGUUGAAAAUGAGAUUCAUGAAUUAGGGAAUAAGGAGAAUUGCAAGGAACGUAAGGACGUCAGUAAUAAUCGGAGAGACAUUGAAAAAUCAAUGAAUAUGGCAAUAGAAGAAAAAAACCUUUCUCGAUCAAAAUCCCAACCACGAACAAGUCUAGAAUCACGACCACGAUGGAAUGCCAAUAGGCCCGGAACACGGUACAGGACACAGAGCGAGAAGGAUCCGCAUUAUCAGAGACGAAUGAGGCUGAGGAGACGUCGAGUUGAAUCAAGCGAUGAGAGAUCAAGGUCACCAUCGCCUGAUAGAAGAAAAAUGACCAACAUCAAAUCUAAAAUUCCAAAUCCUAUUCAUCGAAAGUCCAAGCUCGAUAAUUACGAUGCAGACAUGUCAAUGGAUAGUCUGAAUUCAGUUGUUCCAUUAAGAGUGAAUGAACAUGGCCAGAUAAUAGUACAAACAGAUAAAACCACUAAUAACUCACGACUAAUUGGAAAUUGUAGGAGUGAAGAUGAUGUAAAGGGGAUCGAGUUUAAUGAAAAAAAUAAAAUGUGGUGUGGGCAAGAAAUACUUUCGCAACUUAACUCGUUAAAAAAUGGACUUCUAUCCAAGCAGCAAGAGUGGGAUUCUGAAAGAUGCCUAGUAUCACCCAGCAACGAUUUUUAUUAA